AAAUAUUGAACUUUCAUGAACGGUUUGUAGAGAGAAUUUAUAUUUUAGAUCUGUGGUUUUAUUAAAUAAACCAUCCAAUAUUUUAAAUUCAGGGAUUAUACAAAUCGAAAAAUGACUAAUCAAUUUAACUGUAAUAAAAUUGAUGAAGACUUCAGGAAACUAUUGUAUUUAUCUGAUAAUAAUGAAAAUAAUAAUAAUAAUAAUACAAAUUUGAGAUCAAAUCCUUCUCAGUUUAAUUCCUCAACCAUCAGUUCUAUGAACAAUCAAACUGGAUAUCCUCCAUAUUCUGGACAAAAUCAUAUUGGUAAUGGAGUACAACAAGCAUACAAUUCUAGUAUCAAUCAACCGACAAGAUAUCAAAAUUCUGUUCGUUUUGAACCUGGUUCACCUAGUUACAUUAGCAGUAAUGGAACUAACACAAAUGUAGGCUAUGUUUCACCUCCAGGAUCAUCGAAUUCCAGCAGUGUACCAUAUCAUAAACAACAAUAUGAUCAGGUGUCGUCUACGCUUGGCAGUCGAACAAGUCAACCAUCAUCAGCAUCAAAUCAAUUCUAUCGACCUGAUCAAAGUACAGCGAAUUGGAGUUCUGGUCCGAUUCAACGUGUUCCACCGAAAGAAUUUGCACCAAGUCCUUUGUCUACAGAUGUUCUGGAAGAGAAACCAAGACCACAAGAAAUUCCAACGACAAAUGAAAUGUCUACUGCUCCAUACCAGUCAUUUGAAGUAUUUCGUCGAAUUGAUGAACACGCUGUCUCUGUGUCACAACAACAACAGGAUAAUUUUAAUCAAUUAAUUUGGCAAUUGAUUUAUGCACGUAAUAUUACUGAUGAAUUGGAAAAAGUUCGUGUCAUCUUUCUUUGGUUAUGUACUAAAGAUUUGCAUAAAAUGAAUUUUGACUAUGUUAAACCAGAUAGUCCAGAAGAAAUUCUAAUGGGUAUACGUACUGGGAAAUCUACUUAUGCUCAGAUAUUUUAUACAUUAUGUCGUUAUGCUGGUUUACACUGUAAACUGUUAAUUGGUUAUGCUAAAGGCGCAGAAUACGCACCUGGUAUGCAUUUCUCUGGUCGUCAAGGUCAACAUUCAUGGAAUGCAGUACUUAUUGAUAAAGUAUGGCGUUUAGUUGAUUGUCAUUGGGCUGCUCGUCGUUUAAUCGGUAAACGUCCAAGUCCCGACAAUGUUCGUUAUGGAUUAGAUAUGUUCUAUUUCUUAGCUAAUCCAAGUCAACUAAUUUAUACACAUUUUCCACAUGAUAUUGAUUGGCAAUUACUACGUCAUCCAAUUACACUAAAGGAAUUCGAAAAUCUUGCUCCAGUGAAAUCAGCUUUCUUCAAGUACAACUUAGAUUUAAUAACACAUCGUAAUGCAGUGAUUGUUUGUUCAGAUCCAGAAGUACGUAUUGUUAUCGCUUUUCCAGCUGGUGCUGAGAAUUAUUUAUCCUUUACAUUUGGUUUAUCUUUUGAUAAUCAAGAAGGUAGUGAAGAAUUUCGUGGAAUACCUUUGACUCGAUUUGGUCGGCAAGAAACACUGAUACGUGAACACACGUCUGUUUUUUAUAUUCGACCACCAAGACCUGGUGCAUAUAAAUUACUCAUUUAUGCUAAACAGCAGCAACAACCUCAUCAAAAUGGACAAAAAGAAGGUCUUGGCAUUGUUAGUAUGAUUACUGAUGAUGCAACCUCAGAGAAUUUAUACGGAGCUGUUUGUGAAUAUCGAUUGGUAGCGAAUUUCAGUGCAAAUUCAUCAUUGCCUCCAUUUCCACCGUGUCAAUCAUCUAGUUAUGGACCAAAUGAGUUGGCUAAAAAUUAUCGUAUAACUGCUCAACGUCUCGAUUGUACACUACGUGCUGUACGUGGUAGUCUUGAAAUUCGUUUUACUUUGGGAUCACCAUCCAACGGUGCUGGAUAUUCAUCGCCACCACCACAACCACCACGUUUAAUGGCUAAACUCAAGUGUACUUUAGUACCGGAGAAUGCACUAUCAAAAAGUCUACUACAACGUAGUGUCAAUGGAAAUACAGAAGCUGUUUUUGCACUUUUCUUACCUGAAGCUGGUGAAUAUGGUCUAGAGAUCUAUGCUAAUGAUCCUGUGAAAGAUGGGAAUUCUUUCUUUGUGGUUUGGCAAUACAUAAUUAUAUCUGAUUGUGAUUCACCAGUUCGUGGCUUACCUACCAUUGCACCAACUUAUCUAGGUCCAAUGCCACGUUUUGAUUCAAUGGGUUUAAAAGCUCUCAGUCAUACAGAUCCAUUUAUUCAAGCGAAUUCUGGUGAACUGUGCAUUCAAUUUGCUCGACAUCCUGAAAAACCGUUGAGAAUUAUGGCUCAACUAAUACAUUGUAGUCAUGAUGUAGCUGAAGAUUGUUCACAACAGGUACUUCAACAAACACGUGAUUCACAGAUCUACUUUGUUGUACGCUUUCCACAUCCAGGAUUUUUCAAAUUUCAAAUCUAUGCUUUACCAUACACAGAACCUGGUGAAUCAUUACCUGGUGUAUUUAACUACCUGUUGGAAGCAACUCAAGUGAAUCGUGGUCGUAAUGGUCAAGUGAUGUGUUUCCCACAACAAUUCGCUCAAUGGAAAGAAGGUUGUUAUCUGCAUACACCACUGGACGGUAUCCUCUAUCCGAGUGGAUCAACUCAACCGAAUGCUGAUACUAUACCAUUUCGUGUUAGUGUACCGACAGCGCAUGCAGUUGCUGUUGUUGUCGGUGAAGAUUGGACACAUUUAACACGAGUUGGUGAUCGUUGGGAAGGUCAAGUUUGUUUAAAAUCCUAUUGGGGUAUUGAAAAUCAAUUAGCACUGUGUGCGAAAUAUGAUAAUCUUGACGGGAAUUAUGGGACAUUGUUAGAAUAUCGGCUAGCUAAACGAUAAAUAUAAAUGCGAUAGUGAUUGAUUUACUUGCUAUUGUUAUUUAAAUCGAAAAUCUCCUUCUCCUCCUCAUGUUUGCAUAUAAACAGUAUGUAUAUGCACUGUGUUUGUCCGUAUAACUUUGUAGCUUUGUAUUAUCUUAAUUCCUCCCAUCGUUCACCGACAAUGAUCCAACAAUCAACUGUUGCCUGUUGGCAUCAGCUAAGUGGGUUACGAAAUAAUAUUAUUCUCUUUUUGAUGACGUGUCCAACCGUGUUUGUAUUCGUUGUAUUUCCUUCCCUUGAAGACUUGAAAACAAAAAACACUUUUAGCUUACUACUUUAUUUAUUUACUUUAUUUACACACACACGAAAAUUGGAUGAAUAUUUCUCUUCUUUUUCUUUUUUACCGCCUUCCUUUUGAAUGUUCAUUUGAUUUCUCAUCCACUCACUGAUGAUGCCGACACGAUGACUUGUGUGCUGUUUCAAUCCUUCUACUUAUUUAUAGUUAUUUAUAGUUUGUUUAUUAUCCCAAACAGUUUGAUUUUGAUUUAUUUUUUUCCCCGCUAAUGGGAAGAAUUGUGCCUUAUUUAAUUAUAAUUUAAUAAUUAUUGUAUUAAUUAAAUUAUUAGUGUAAUUAUUUUAACUAUUAUUACUAUUUAUUUAUAUCCCUGUCUUCAUUGAAGUGAACCACUGUUUCAUCAGUGAUUCUUUGACACACAUCCUUGUAUUGAGAGGAGGUAUUGAGCUCUCUGAGAAGUAAACUGUUGUUAAGCUAUUUUUGACUCUGCCUUACUGUGCCUCUUCUUCUUCUGUCAGCUCCUCAUUUAUGCCUGAUUUACGCCUAUUUUUAAUUUGGGCUUAUACUUUAUCUCUGUUUAAAUGACACACUGUGACUGGUUGUCAGUCGGUCAGUUAGUCAGCUUUCUUCCUCUUCUGAUGAUGAAAAACGUUGAUUUAUAUGAAGUUCAGGUCAUCACCACUUCAUAUUAAAAAUUAAAACAUCCUCUGCCUUAUUCUUAUCUGAUGGUGAUCGUCUUUUUGUUACGCAAUAAUGAUAACAGUCGUCCUUGUCUUCCAUGUAUUUAUUUGUUUAUGUGUAUUUGCAUAGAAAGAAAAAAACACUGAUGGUGAUGAAUUUAGCAUUUUUGGUUAAACUACCUUCCCUUUAUAAACUCCUCGUUUUCCUUCUUUCUGUUGUUGUUUUCCUCUUCUUCUUCUUCUUCUUUGUUUCUCAGUGUUUUAUAUGUGUAUGUUUUUAAUAAACAGUUUAUUUCUCUUU